AUGUUGACUGGAUGCAGAAGGUUACUGACACCUCAGUCGAGGUCUGUCCUAGCCACAGCACUAUCACACUCAGCCCAAGACUUUAACAAAAGCAUUCUUGUUGUAGUUGGUCAAGGAUCAUUGUCAUCAUCAAACAUCUACAACUUAAACACAUACCGUAACUACUCCUCAAAGGGCAACAACAACAACAACUACAAAGGCAAGGCCCCAAAGACAACACCACCACCACCACAACAACCACAACAGCCACAACAGCCACAACAGCCACAACAGCCACAACAAACAAAGGACACAACAUCAACUUCAAAUGACAACAAGGACAUUGGAGAGGAUGCUGAUAAACAAAAGGAACAACUUACAAUUGAGAAUAGGAGAACUCUACUGGAACAGUUGUCACGACAGACUCAACGACAGAAGCAAGACUACAACGAGACUGGACAAGAACAUGAACCUGGUCAAGAUCAUCAACAUCAACAACAACAACAACAGCAACAGAAGGCGUCACCAUUCAGACAGAUGCUCACAAGGAAUGCCAUAUCAUUUGGAGUAUGGGGUGUUGUAGCCUUGGGCAUGGCUGUAUUCCUAUCGACCAAUGAUGACACUGAAUACUACUUAAAGUAUGCUGAUCAGAUCGUUGGAGAACUGAGUACCAUCACAGAGUUGUCAAUAAUGGAGACAAAGCUCAAGACUUUAUCAGAGUGCUCAAGCAACAAUGAAUCAAUCAAGAAGGUAUUGGCUUCAGCAAAGAACAUCAAUCACCUAUUGGAUGUGAUUGAGGACUACUCCAACAUUGACCUCAAUGUCUACGCUGUCAAGACCAUCGAGAAUGCAUCACUCUACAUCACUGACUACUCUGUGAUCCCAAGGAUCGUUAGACUGUCAACUACACAUUACUUACCGGCAUAUGUGAGGAAGUCACUUGGUGUCACAAUGUCGAGGAUGGCGUCGCAUGAGGACGCCCGCCUGCCACUUGCUAAUGCUGGCGCGAUCACUGCACUGGAGGAAUUGAAUGAAUAUCAGGUGAUGAGGAAACAAGCCUUCCACACUGCACUCUUGGUGAUCUCGCACACCUGUAUAAACAAUCAUCAAGCGGCGUCCGAGCUCAAGGUCACGCCAGAGGAGCGACUGUCGAUGGAAACAUACUCGCGCGAGGAGAGUCUGAUCGAGGCCAGCUCGCUGCAGAGCGCCAAGCGACAGCUAGUCGAGUCGGGCUGGCUGCUCUAUCUGCACACGAGUGCUGGUGGCUUUGUCUGGGGCUGCAUCGAGAGCGCCAGGAACAAGCUGCCGAUGCGCGCCAUCCUUCGCAACGGCUUCCGCACAUCGAUCAUCACGGCGGCCAUACCAAUAUUCUUUGUGGGCGCCAUGACCACGCUGUACAACGAUCAGAGGAAGAAGCUGGACACGACCAAGGAGAAGUUCUACUUCUACCUGGCGGGCAUCUACUCUUUGUAUCCAUGGUACUAUAUUCUGCCCAAGAUCGAACGCUAUGCACCCUAUUGGAUUGGUGGACAUGUGCUUGGUUUCAUAUCAUUCUUCUCCUGGCUCGUCUACACCAAGAAUGAGAUAUUCAACUCUGAUUCGCUACUCAUCCAGAAGGACAAGGCUGCACCAUCUCGCGAGAGAUUGAUCAAGUUGUUGGAGGAGAAGAAGCAACAACAACAACCUGGAAAGUAA